CCUCCAACUAAUGGCCUAAAGCUAACAAUCUCUUCGUCAUUUUUCUUUUCUUGGUGUUCCCUCCGAUCGCGCCUUCCACCAGAUCUCCCCUCUAUCGGAGGGUCGCACUCUCUCUCUCACACACACAUAUACAUACAGACAUAUAGAUACAGAAAACAGUUUAGAUUCGAAAUUGAGUUAUUAGGGAGAUAUGACUAGGUUUAAUGUGAACGGAAAAGUAGUUGAUACUGUCGAUUUACUCCGGAAACGGCACUGGCCGUGGCGGCUUGAUUCGUGGCCGUUUGCGUUACUUUACGCGACAUGGAUGAUUGUCAUCGUGCCGAGUUUGGAUUUUCUUGAUGCAUUUAUAAUUCUUGGUGGUCUUUCGGUUCUUCAUAUCUUGGUGAUUUUGUUUACCGUUUGGUCCGUCGAUUUUAAAUGUUUCGUUCAGUAUUCCAAGGUUAAAGAUAUUAAUCAUGCAAAUGCGUGUAAAAUUACACCGGCUAAGUUUUGUGGCUCUAAAGAAGUAGUGCCAUUACAUUUCCGCAAGCUGGGAGGCUCUUCGACAGAGGAGAUAUAUUUUGAUUUCCGAAAGCAGUGCUUCAUUUAUUCAAAUGAGAAGAAAACUUUCUGUAAGCUUCCUUACCCAUCUAAGGAAACUUUUGGAUACUAUCUCAAAAGUACGGGACAUGGUACCGAAGCUAAAGUUCAAGUUGCCGCCGAGAAAUGGGGACGGAAUGUAUUUGAGUAUCCACAGCCAACAUUCCAGAAAUUGAUGAAAGAGCACUGCAUGGAGCCCUUCUUUGUAUUUCAGGUCUUCUGUGUGGGACUUUGGUGUCUAGAUGAAUACUGGUAUUAUAGUCUAUUCACCCUUUUUAUGCUAUUUAUGUUUGAGUCAACAAUGGCCAAAAGUCGCUUGAAGACUUUGUCGGAGCUUAGACGCGUUAGAGUAGAUUCACAGAUGCUAAUGGCAUAUCGUUGCGGGAAGUGGACGAAAGUCGCAGGGACAGAACUUCUUCCUGGGGAUGUGGUGUCUGUUGGUCGUGCGGCUGGCCAGGAUGGAGAGGAAAAAGCUGUCCCCGCGGACAUGCUAAUUCUUGCAGGGAAUGCUAUUGUCAAUGAGGCUAUUCUUACUGGCGAGUCUACCCCCCAAUGGAAGGUUUCCAUCAUGGGCAGAGGACCGGAAGAGCGUUUGUCUUCAAAACGAGAUAAAAACCAUGUUCUUUUUGGUGGCACAAAGAUAUUGCAACAUACUCCUGAUAAGACCUUUCAUAUGAAAACUCCUGAUGGUGGCUGUUUGGCAAUUGUUUUACGAACUGGAUUUGAGACAACCCAAGGAAAACUGAUGCGGACUAUUUUGUUUUCAACAGAGAGGGUUACGGCUAACAGCUGGGAGAGUGGACUUUUUAUUUUAUUUUUAGUUGUUUUUGCAAUUAUAGCAGCUGGCUACGUAUUAAAAAAGGGGCUUGAGGACCCAAACAGGAGUAGAUACAAGCUCUUUUUGAGCUGCUCCUUAAUUAUAACUUCGGUGAUUCCACCUGAGCUGCCAAUGGAGUUGUCUAUAGCUGUCAACACAUCUUUGAUUGCGUUAGCACGGCGUGGUAUAUUUUGUACAGAACCUUUUCGUAUACCUUUUGCUGGGAAGGUUGAUAUUUGCUGUUUUGACAAGACGGGAACACUUACAUCUGAUGACAUGGAAUUCUCCGGAGUUGGUGGGUUGAAUGACAAUAUAGAUUUAGAAACAGAUACUAACAAAGUGCCAACUCGCACUUUGGAAAUUCUUGCUUCUUGCCAUGCCUUGGUUUUUGUGGACAACAAGCUGGUUGGUGAUCCUCUGGAGAAGGCUGCAAUUAAGGGGAUAGAGUGGAGUUAUAAAUCUGAUGAGAAGGCCAUGCCUAAGAAGGGAGGCGGUAGCACUGUUCAAAUUGUUCAAAGACAUCACUUUGCAUCCCACUUGAAAAGAAUGGCAGUUGUUGUUCGUACAGAAGAACAAUUUUAUGCAUUUGUGAAGGGUGCACCAGAGACCAUACAAGAAAGACUGAAUGAUACACCAGCAUAUUAUGUAAGCACAUACAAGAGGUAUACACGCCAAGGAUCCCGUGUUCUGGCUUUAGCUUAUAAACCUCUUCCAGAUAUGACGGUAAGUGAAGCUAGAAACUUGGACCGGGAAGUAGUGGAAAGUGGGCUCACUUUUGCUGGCUUUGCGGUAUUCAAUUGCCCCAUCAGAGGAGAUUCUGCUAAUGUCUUGCUUGAAUUAAAAAAGUCGUCACAUGACUUGGUUAUGAUUACUGGUGAUCAAGCAUUGACAGCUUGCCAUGUUGCUCGCGAAGUUAAUAUAAUCUCACAACCAGCGUUAAUUCUUGUCCCGACGAAGAACAAACAGUUUGAGUGGGUUUCACCUGAUGAAACGGAAAUUGUGAGUUACAGUGAGGAAAUGGUUGAGGCUUUAGCUGAUGGUCAUGACCUAUGUAUUGGAGGUGAUUGCUUUGAAAUGUUGCUUCAGACCUCUGCUGUUGAAAAAGUCAUUCCAUAUGUCAAGGUAUUUGCAAGGGUAGCCCCAGAGCAAAAAGAACUCAUAAUGACCACUUUUAAAUCAUCUGGAAGGAUCACUUUGAUGUGUGGUGAUGGCACUAAUGACGUCGGAGCUUUGAAGCAGGCGCAUGUAGGAGUAGCUUUGUUGAAUGCAAUACCUCCAAGUACUGGCGACAAGCCUUCGUCCGAAGCGAAGCCCACCAAACCGAAGAAACCUAAGUCUGCUACUGAACCAAGUUCCAGCAGCAUCACCCCUGCCGCCAAUAACCGCCGUCUGACACCAGCAGAGGUUCAAAGGCAGAAGCUAAAGAAGAUGAUGGACGAGCUAAAUGAAGGAGAUGAUGGUCGGUCAGCUCCCAUAGUCAAACUUGGCGAUGCAUCAAUGGCGUCACCUUUCACUGCCAAGCAUGCAUCUGUCUCCCCAACCACCGACAUUAUCCGCCAGGGUCGUAGUACUCUGGUGACCACCCUACAGAUGUUUAAGAUACUUGGACUUAAUUGCCUUGCGACUGCCUACGUCCUGAGUGUCAUGUACUUAGAUGGUGUUAAGCUAGGAGAUGUUCAAGCCACAAUUAGUGGUGUCUUUACUGCUGCCUUUUUCCUUUUCAUCUCUCACGCCCGCCCUCUGCCGACAUUAUCUGCUGAACGUCCCCACCCUAAUGUCUUCUGCUUCUAUGUCUUCCUUUCUCUACUUGGCCAGUUUGCUCUCCAUAUUCUGUUUUUGGUUUCAUCUGUGAAAGAAGCCGAGAAACACAUGCCCGACGAAUGCAUUGAGCCAGAUUCCGAAUUUGAGAGUAAUUUAGUGAAUACUGUAUCAUACAUGGUCAGCAUGAUGAUCCAAGUGGCUACCUUUGCAGUUAACUACAUGGGCCACCCAUUUAACCAAAGUAUAUCAGAAAACAAACCGUUUAAGAUUGCACUUCUGGGCGCAGUCGUGUUCUUUACCGUCAUCACAUCAGAUGUGUUCCGGGAUCUGAACGACUGGUUGAAACUUGUUCCAUUGCCACGGGCAUUGCGUGACAAGCUUCUAAUAUGGGCCGCAUUGAUGUUCUUGGGGUGCUACACAUGGGAAAGGUUUUUGAGGUGGGCUUUUCCUGGUAAAAUGCCUACUAUCAAAAAGUCAAAAUCAGUUGAUGCUAAUCAGAAAAAAUCUCAAUGAGGGAUUAUUUUUGUCACACACAAUAGAGAUACUUUUUUGAACUUAAAGUUAGGUUCAGUUGUGUAUUGAUACGAGAAUGCGGGUGACUUUUGGUCCAUCAUUUUUUUUUUAUUAUGAUUAGUUACCUAUUUGAUGUAUCAGGAAUUAUAAAUUAUAUAAAUUUAUCAUUCGUUUA